AUGCGACUCCUUAGGCAAGCCUUGGAGCUACGAGCGUCCAAGGCGGAGGAGCAACUGGGGAAGCUGAAAGAAGAGCUGGAAGCGGAGGAGGAGAGGAGGAUAGUGGCGGAAGAAGCUAGGGACGAGGCGGAGGAGGGGCGGCGGGUGGCUGAGGAGGGGAUGGAAGCAAUGGUGGAUGCAAAGAGGCAGACGGUGAAGAACCUGACGGAGAGUUUGCUGGCUUCGGAGGAGCAGAGAAAAAGGCUCGUUGCUGUGCUGCGAUCGGUGAAUGGAGACCAAAACCAGUCAGUAUGGGGCACCAUCAUGUCAUUUUUCGAUGCCAACAAGGCUUGA